AUGGAUUCGAACGGUGUACCACCCUCUCAGGAGAUGGAAACUUUCCUGCCGCAUAGCGAAAAGAGUAAAGAAGUAGAAGUUAAAAAAUAUUCUCUAACAAAAGAUCCGGAGUCGGGUGAAUAUGACCCAUUUGCAGAUAGGCAACUGGAGAAUCCAACUUCUCCUAUGGACACCCUUACUCAUCUGCUAAAAGCUUCACUUGGUACCGGAAUCCUGGCGAUGCCGAAAGCCUUCAAAGCAUCAGGGUUGAUAGCUGGAAUUUUCUUCACAAUUAUUGUUGCUGUGAUAUGUACUCACUGUGCAUAUGUACUCAUUAAAUGCGCUCACAUUCUUUACGUGAAGACAAAAAGACCAGCCAUGACUUUCGCAGAAGUAGCGGAGUCUGCUCUACUUAGUGGCCCUGAAUGGGGCAAGAAGUGGGCCUAUUCAUUCAGGAUAUUCAUCAUUGUCAGUCUCUUCAUGACUUACUUUGGCACCUGCUCCGUGUACACUGUGAUCAUAGCUAAAAAUAUACUACAGGUGGUGAAGCACUAUGUACCAGACAACGAAAAUGUUCUCAACAUACGUAUUAUCAUCACGAUUCUUCUCAUACCGCUUAUAUUCAUGGUCUGGAUAAAGAACCUGAAAUAUCUCGCCCCUGUGUCUAUGAUAGCCAAUUUGUUCAUGGGUCUUGGUCUCGGAAUUACCUUCUACUUCUUGGUUGGUACUGGUGAACUGAAUAUUGGCAAGGUAGCACUGAUCAAGCCACAUUUAGAAUGGCCAGAGUUCUUCUCCCUCACUAUAUUUGCGAUGGAAGCUAUCGGUGUGGUGAUGCCUUUGGAAAACUCUAUGAAGACACCAAGAGCCCUGCUUGGUUACUGCGGUGUUCUGAACAAGGGAAUGUCUGGUGUGACCGUUGUCUAUAUCCUCCUCGGAUUCCUUGGAUAUCUGCGCUUUGGUGAAGAUGUCAUGGAUUCUAUUACCCUCAACUUGGAACCACACCCCAACGAUCCUAAAGUUUAUGAAAUCCUCGCCCAAGUUGUGAAGGUGAGCAUUGCGAUUGCUGUAUACUGCACCUUUGGACUCCAAUUCUUCGUGUGCAUCGAAAUCAUGUGGAACGCCAUCAAGGAGAAGUUCACGAAGCGGCCAGAUUUCGCCGACUACGUUAUGCGUACCAUCAUGGUCACACUCUGCGUGUUCCUGGCCAUCGCUGUACCAUCUAUCGGACCGCUUAUGGGCGUGAUCGGUGCCUUCUGCUUCUCCCUCCUUGGAUUAAUAGCCCCGGCCUUUAUCGAAGUGAUUACCUACGCGGACAUUGGCUACGGUCCCUUUAAAUAUCUUCUAUGGAAGAACGCGUUAAUCUUUCUCUUCGGUAUGUUUGCUCUCAUCCUUGGCACUAAGACCGCUAUAGUCGGUAUCAUAAACGAUGCCGCGUGA